AGUAGUGGUUCCAUAUCAAAUGCUCGGUAGUUUUAUCCAAGAAUCAUACAAAAGUCACUUUUCACAGUUAUUUCCAAAUCAAUGUACAACCAUGAUGGAAUUGAAUGGAAAUCAAGGACAGCGUCCGUUGUCUCAGUCUAAACGCUGUCCAACUAAGGCACACCUAGACGGCAGCGAUAGUGAUGACGACGAUGAUAACCCUAACGAGGAUAAUGACGAUGACAACCAUGGUGACAAUGAUGAAGACCCUGAUGAUGAGGAUGAUGACCAUGGUGAUGACUAUGAAGAUGAUGAUGAUGAUGACGACGACGUAGAUGACUAUAAAGAUGAUAAUGAUGAUGAUGACAAUGAAGAUGAUAAUGAUGAUGAUGACGAUGAUGACCAUGAAGGUGAUAAUGAUGAUAAUAAUGGUGAUGACAAUGAAGGUGAUAACGAUGACGAUGAUGACGACCUGGAUCAAGUGAUUAAAGAUUUCCUCUCUAACACUGUUUACGUGCAAUACGAACUGUAGGAGCUAAGCCAAAGGAUUUGAUGAUCCUUCAAUAAACAUAAACUAGAGAAAGUCCUGAUCGUCCUCUUGAUUUUCUUAGUUAUACUGAAAUGUCACAAACAGUAAA